GCGCUGGUUGCGCGCUGGUUCCAGGCGCAGGUGCAGCGCUGCCUGGGCGCCGUGCGCUCCCGCCUGCAAGAGCGCUCCCGCGUGCAGCUGGCCGCCGGCGCGCCCUGCCCGCUGGCCCUGCAGGUCGCGCCCCGCUCCGACUACGUCUGCUGCCACCUCUCCCUGGCCGUCCACCUCACCCCGGCCAUCCCGCUCGGCGAGGGGCUCUACCUCACGCCCUGGGCCUGCGCCCAGCCUCCCGCGCCCGCCCACCUGGGCACCUUCUGGACCCUCAACGUCUCCAAAGCGGAGCAGCGCUUGCUGGGUUGGCUGCGGGACCAAGUGCCGGAGGACUCCUGCCACCUCAAAUGCCUGCAGAUCCUCAAAGGGCUGAGGGAGCUGGGGGGGCGCGCCCUGGAGCCCCCCUGGGCUGCCCAGUGGGACCGGGUCCUCUCCUCCUACGUCCUCAAGACGGCACUCUUCUGGGUGCUCCUGAGCAGCCCGUGGCAGGCUUGGGAGGACCGGUUCCUGGUGGCCCGGCUGGAGGACGUGGUCCUGUUCCUGGUCCAGGGCCUGCAGCGAGGGAGGCUGACCCACCUGUUCCUCGGGAACCCCCACCUGCCCGACACGCUGAGCCUCCCCAAAUUCCUCAAGGAAGCCUCUCCGGUGAACCUGCUGGCUGACUUUGACCAGCCCACCUUGGACAGGGUGGCCUCUCAGCUGCUGAGUGUCUGGAAGCAAGCGCCCAAGAUCAUUCGGAUGUAUGGCAGUCACCGGUCCCGGAGGCAACAUCCCAUCUGAGGCUCCUUGGCCAGCCUGGACCUCGCAUCGUGGAACGGCCACAUACUCCCCAAGGCAAAUUUCCUCUGGGGCUUUAGGGACCAAAAAGGGGCAGUUGCUUAGCUGAGGUGGAAAAUGGUGACUUCCAUUCAACAGUUUGGACCUUUGAAGGACCUGCUUGUCUAGGAGCACGAAGACGGUCUGCAUCUGACUUCUGGCCUUAGAGGUGGACACACGGGCUAUUCUGAUCCUAUCUAUGGUGGAACUCGGGUACUGGUCGGAUUUGGGAUGUUUUCGCCAGCAGGUUGCUUGAAGGAGGGAGGUGUGGAGGAUGGCGGGAGCAUCUUCUCGGGGUUAGUUUUUCACCAAAGUUCAAGAGGGCAGGUUGGCGCCCACCACAUCCCAGAUUGAUUCUGCUUCUGAACACUUCUGCUCAGGGUUUAUGCCUUCAGCAACAAAAGCAGGCAAAUUUUCAAGGUUUCAAGUGCAAUUCGUGGUGGGGAAAAGUUGAGGGCUGUACUUACGAAAACUUAGGCUCUUAUGAUUCAUAUUCCUUGGUGGGUUUUUUUUCCCCCAGCCAAGUUAGGAAUCAGAGUGGGCGUUCGUCACGUGCUUUGGCGUUUUGCCCAGGGCUUUGAAGCAGUCUUGAUUUUUCAGUGCAGGACCGAGGGUCAAAGAAGAAUGCAAAGAUGGGUUGUGGCCCUGAAUGCAGCUGCUUAUUAUGGGCUGGAAUAGGAGCACUUACAAGAAAACGCAGUUUCAUUAUGUUUAGAAGUAUACCCGUUGGAAAGCAGUCAUCCGCAACAUGGGGGACUCCCAGAUGUGAGUAUUAUACUGGCUCAGGAUGAUGGGAGCUCAGAUUCCACACAUCAGGAGUACGUCCAGUUGGGGACUUAAUACCAAUAUGUAUUCAGAGACCAAAAUGAAUGGCACUUUAUUUUCAUGAAAGGCUUUUUUUCCCAAUGCCUAGGCUGUACGAAAUUUUUUGAAGCAUUUGAACAUUAAUUAAAAUAAUUAUAAAUGGAGAAGCUGAGCAUACUAAUAAGCUGUCUUCUUUAAAAGAGGCUGAUCCAAAACACUGCUUCCUUAUGUCAUCAUGUCAAUUGCAAAGCAGUAAUUACCCUUAACAGCUGUCUUUUAAUAAAAGCUGACCUCCAGCGUAACCCAGAAGAAUCCAGUUUAGAAAGAAAAGGAUUAUUCAGACUUCCGUUGUUUGUUAUUCCUGUGAAUCUCUUGGCACUUGGCCACGUUGACACCUUUCCCAGAUAAAAGAACAGGAACUGGAGUCUUAAAUCCUUCCUAUGCGCAGGGACAUAUUGAAGAUGUAAGGAUGUGAAAUGGUUCAGUACGUGAGUGUUUUCUGGCACUGCAAGUCCCAUUUAGUUCAGUUAAUGUGCCAAGAAUCAGAACUGUAAACGCUAUUUUACUGUCUCAUGAGCAACCUGCAGGCUGCAAAUUCAGACAUCCAAAAUGCAUAUUAAAAAAUCCCAGCACUGUUUGUGAAAUGCCAUUGCUUAACUGCCAAAUGCUAAAAACCACCCCUCUCUCCUGUGUGUGGCUGGAAAAAAAUUAACCCUCCC